AUGUGUCCUGCUCUCACGUGCCCUGCUCUCACGUGCCCUGCUCUCACGUGCCCUGCUCUCACGUGCCCUGCUCUCACGUGUCCUGCUCUCACGUGCCCUGCUCUCACGUGCCCUGCUCUCACGUGCCCUGCUCUCACGUGCCCUGCUCUCACGUGUCCUGCUCUCACGUGCCCUGCUCUCACGUGCCCUGCUCUCACGUGCCCUGCUCUCACGUGCCCUGCUCAAAUGAAAUGCAGCGCGUGCAGUGCCACCCACAUCUCCCCCCAUAUUCCCUCCAUCUUUCUCGCAUGCUCCCAUCAAAUGCAACUUCCCCAUCAUGCCGACCAGAUGCAGCGCAUGCGGUGCCGCCCACAUCUCCCCCCAUAUUCCCUCCAUCUUUCUCACCUGCUCCCAUCAAAUGCAUCUUCCCCAUCGUGCCGUCCAGAUGCAGCGCAUGCGGUGCCGCCCACGCUAGGCCAGGGCAGCAGCCUGGCAAUAGAGGAUGCACUGGAGCUCGCACGACAAGUGGUUGCCAACCAUCCCUCUCUCGAGUGCGUGGUGUAG